UUCAGUUACAGUGUACCUUGCGUUUUCAGUUCAAUUGUUCAUUCGUUGCAUGCGCUUUCUUGCAGUUAGACCUACUUCGUUAGAAGCACGGAUUUAUAAACCGAACGCAAAAAUCAAAAAUGGAAGACGAACAAUUCUGGAAAGUGCUUCUAGCGAAAGGUCCAGUGCCAAAAGCUGUGAAGGAUUUCCUUCAACACUGUGGUUACGACAGCUAUGUGUCAUUGUUGGCACUCGACGACAUCGAGCUGAAGCAGCUAGCGGACGAGCACGGGCUGCGUCCGGGUCAUCUUUCGGCCAUCAAAAGCUACCGCGCAUUAUUCUUGGAAAACAGCUGGAGUAAACUAACUCAACAACAACCGAAGCAGCUCGCCACUAAGGCACCUCCUGUUGAAAAACCUAUGCAGAAUUUCCCUUCUGAUCUCGUCCCUUUACUGAUCAAAAGAUUUCAGCAGAGACUCGCUCAAUGGGUGAGCGUCGAAGCCAAAGAGUCUCACCGUACAACCCGAGCCGACGAUUUUAAUGUUAAAAUACUAAAGAAACAGUUAGAAAAGAAAGUCGCAGUGGACUGUCCGUUCUGCGGCACCCAAAUCAUGUUAUUUUUUAAAAUGACGGGAGAAUCUUCAUUUAACGUCAUCAUUUCGAACUACACAAAGCACUACCUGUCCAACCACCUGCAAUGCAACGACAAAGAGAAAAAGAAGCAAACAAGUUUGCUCAACAUUUUCGCAACAAAAGCUCCCGUCACCCAGGAAGAACAAAACGUCGCAGAUAACGGAGAAACGGACGCAGAGCCUGAGAACAUAAACGCAAAAGCUGGAUUUGAAAAAAUCAAGCGAAAUAGAUCAAAAUCCCGCCUGUUCAAUUUGAGCACUGGUUUUGAUAUUAAACAACCAACGAUCUUGGAGCACUUUUUGACAACGGAACCAACGCUCGAUAAAACUGGACACGCUUCUGCACUCAAUAAGACUUCUAGCACUGUUAUUGCGUGCGAUGAGCCACGGCGGUGCGACAACGAAAACUUUGAAACGAUUAACAAUUAUUAUCUGGAAUGUCUAGUGAAAAUUUGCCACCGAGAAAAUCAACGAAAAAAAAUCAUUUACUCAGAGGAACUUAAACGUUUUGCCAUGUGCUGCUACAUUACCGGAGGGCGAAGCAACUACAUCAACUACUUGAGGCAGUUGCAUCUUCCAGCAGUGUCUACACUGUUCAACUAUUUUUCGAGCGUAAUGCAAAAUAUAAGUGAAGGAGCGUUGAGGAUCGACGAGUUGGUUGCGUACAAAGACAAGUUGAAGUUGUCGAAUUAUGUUUUUAUAUCUGAAGACGCUACAGCAAUCACCGCCAAGGUCGAGUACGAUGCGAAGCAACAACGAGCCAUCGGAGUUGUUAACCCGAUUGAUGACCAUACUGGAUUGCCAAUAAUAAAAAAAUCGAUACUGCGAGAAGCUUUAGACAUUAAACGGCAAGCUCAAACUGAUCAAAUUGCAUCAGAUGUUAAUGUUGUAAUGUGUACCAGCUUAUCUGCAAAUGCAGCACCGUUUUGUUUGCUGGCGUAUGGCGUAGGAAAGUCUAUGAACGCGAUAUCAUACGUGGCAAGAAAUAAGCACAUAACAAAUGAACUAGCGAAGCGCGGAAUCAUCAAUUUAGGGUGCGCUGGAGAUGGCGCGGCUGCUAAUUCUUGUGGAAUGAAAAUCAUCAGCAAUCUGGGUCAACAGCCCAAUGAAUCAGUCCCGAGCGCUUACAAACAGUAUUUUUUCAGCAUCAUGCGAAAUCCUCCGUACUGCUUUCAAGAUCACACCCACGCUGGCGGCAAAUUGAAAAAUCGGCUUCUAACGGUUGGCAAAGUUUUGAGACUCGGUAACUUUUUCGCGAGCGUGGGACAUUUGCUUGUUCUAAUACAAACAACCCCUGUUACGGAGCAUGGACUCUCCGUUGGUGAAAUCAAGACGAUUGAUCGGAUGAAUUUUAAAAUAGUUGAGAAACUAAUCAAACCACAAGUUACACAAGCACUUUCAAAGCAUGUUGAGCAGAGCGAGGGUACUAUACUCUACCUUAAACUGAUUAAUUACGUUGUUUCUUCGUUUAUGGAGCCACAUUUAACGGUUCUGGGCAGAGUUCGAAGAAUAUGGUAUGCCAUAUUCUUUCUACGGUACUGGCGGACCUGGUUAGCCCGCGCUCGAUUAUCAUUAGCAGACUUUUACAUCACCCACAACGCUGAAUUUUGCGUCGAGCUUAAUGGGCACGAGUUACUGCAGAUUAUUCGGUACUGCCGCGACGAGGGCUGCCCAGAAGCGUUUUUGGCUACGUUUUUCCACUCUCAAUGGAACGAAGCAUUUUUUCGAAAAAUCCGCUCGAUGGGAUCUACAUUUUCAACAGUUGUCAACUUCUCAAUCGGUGAAUUCUUACAAAGAGUAAAGCGUGCGGAAUUCCUCAUCGAGUCUGAUGUUCAACUGGAGCAUAAAAUGAACAAACAGCAGAAGCAGCGAGAUAUACAUGUGCCACUGGCGAUGCCGAGCGACGAAGAAAUUGGCCAGGUCAUUGAAGUGGCUAGAAAAGAAGCCGAGAAGGAUCUUGCCUCGGUUGGCGUGACUUGUAAUGCACCACCUACGUGUCACAUUGCGCCUUCGAAAAUUGUUUUCGAUCCGAAACAAUCAACUCCGGACAUCGACAACGACAGUGACAGCGAGGAAUCAAGCGAGGAUUGUUUUUGCAUAAAUAUGAGUGAAUUAUUUCCCAACAUUAACUACGAUGCUGAAUUCAAAGAUUGUACAAACGAAUACGACAAAUCGUCUACGAAAAAUGCUUUCGUAAAAAUAAGGAAACACGAUGGAACAGUUGUAAUUGUCAAAGUGUUAACACUAGUGAAAAUCUUUCGGAAGCAGCCGGCGAGAUUAGGAUCGGAUAGACUACAACGUUUUGUUCGGUCCUAUCCUGAACAAGACACCGAGGUCGUCAUCGAGAAGUCGUCCGCACCUGGCAUUUACUGCUCGAUAAAUAUUGGGGAUUGGUGCCUGUUUAGUGUCAAAAAAGACGACGUCCGAGUGGGACAGGUGCUGGGUUUCCAGUAUAAAACACCGAAAGGCCGAUACAAACCGUACAAACUGGAAACGGCCCCGGUUGACGGCCACAACGACGAACAAGCGUUGGUUGUGCACGGUAGUUUCUUUACAAUCAAAAAAGAUAAUCAUUUGCAAAAUUGUUAUUUUAAGUUUCCAAUUUAUGUAAAACGAUAUGCUGGACAUAUUAAUACUCCUCAAAAGGAAGGAGGAAAACUUGUUUUAGAUGAGAAGAGCAAAAUCUUCGUUAAUGAGCUUGCUGUCGCUUAAUAGCAAAAUCUCAGUGUGUAUAAUUUUACAUAAUAAAUGUCGCUAUGUUUACUACCAGUAUUUCUUUUUAAUGUCAAAUUCCUUUUUAAAGUCCGAGUCGGAGCCGGCAUGUUGUGACUAGCUAGAGUCGGAGACGGCGUCGCAAUUCACCAAAAACCGGAGUCGGAGCCAGAGUCGGAAAAUUUUCCCCAACUUUGUAUGGGAGUUGUUGUUGGACUCGCACUCGGUCGAGUCGAGACUUUUUGGAGUUACAGUUU